AUGGGCGGCCCACUCAAAGCAACCAACACGGAUUCGAAGCUGAACUCCUUCAAGCGCUCCUGGGACGACGCCAAUCACGAUUCAAAAGAAGAAAAGCCAGCGCCUCAAAAGAAUGCUACGGACGGCGCUGCUCGUCGACGUGCUGCUAUAAUGGCAGCACUCUCCAAUGCAUCCACUGGUUCAGCGUUAUCCGCGCCGACUCAAGAACACGCUCCAAAGAAGCUCAAGCCGAUUCAAGAAAAGAGAUCUUUUGUACUCAACGAUUCUGAUCUGGAUGGUAGGGACGCUAGGGAUGCAAAGGUUUCGAAGGAGUCUAAGGACAGCAAUGAUCCCAAAUCAUUCAAUCAACCCCCUCCAGACGUGGCUAAAGUUAACAACCCAACUUCAUCUGCGACUCCCGCACCCCUCGUACAGCGCAAACUUAGACUCUCCAAUGAACAGCAGAAAGUCUUGCAGAUGGUCGUCGAUGAAUCUAAAAAUGUCUUCUUCACCGGUUCCGCAGGUACUGGUAAAUCCGUCCUUCUCAGAGAAAUUAUAACCAGUCUGCGCAAGAAAUUCAAAAAGGGCCCCGAAAGCGUUGCUGUUACUGCUUCCACUGGUAUUGCGGCGUGUAACAUCGGUGGUACAACUCUGCAUUCCUUCACAGGAUGUGGUUUGUGUAAUGAGAACGUCAACGCUCUCACGCAGAAAGUCAAACGUAACCCAAAAGCAUUGAAACGGUGGACUAGAGUUAAGGUACUCAUCAUUGAUGAAGUAUCCAUGGUUGAUGGUGAACUAUUCGACAAGCUUGAAGGGUUAGCAAGGAACAUCCGUAAACGUCCUGAACCUUUCGGAAAUAUUCAGAUUGUCGUUUGUGGUGAUUUCUUUCAACUUCCACCCGUUAGUAAAGGUUCAGCACCAAAUUUCUGCUUUGACGCUGAAUCCUGGACGCGUGUCAUUGCACAUACAAUCAACCUCCGCCAAGUGUUCCGUCAGAGAGAUGAGACGUUCAUCAAUAUGCUUAACGAGAUGCGUUUCGGGAAGCUUUCAGACAACUCGAUUAGAAUAUUCAAGAGUCUUUCAAGACCACUGGUAUUUGCUGAUCAAAUUCAGCCGACUGAGCUCUACCCGCUGCGUCAGCAAGUCGAUCAAUCGAACAAUGGCAGAAUGAAUCAACUUGAAGGUGAAACAAAAACAUUCAGUGCAUUAGACUCGGGCGAGCUGCCUGUCGAUCAGCGUGACAAGGUCUUGUCCAACUUCAUGGCACCGAAACAGCUGCAUAUCAAACUCGGUUGUCAAGUAAUGCUAAUUAAGAACAUUGACGAAACGUUAGUGAAUGGCUCACUAGGAAGGGUCAUAGAUUUUAUUGAUGCUGUAAGAUACACGCGUGGUGAAGCAAGUAAAAGAUUAGAGGAGGAUGAAGAGUACGAUGAUAGCGUGCAUAAAGCUCGUUCAGCUGCUUUGGGCGCAAGGAAAGGGGAUCCCCAAGUCAGUGGACAGCCAACAAAAAAAGAUCAAGGAACUGCUUACCCUCUUGUACACUUCUUGCUCCCAAAUGGCGGAUACAGAGAAUUGCUGUGUGUUCCAGAUGUAUGGAGAACAGAGGGCGUUAAUGGAAAGAUUGAAGCAAGUAGAAAUCAAGUUCCGCUCAUCUUGGCUUGGUCAAUGUCGAUACACAAAUCACAAGGUCAGACGCUCGAGAGAGUCAAAGUCGAUUUGUCAUCUAUUUUCGAAAGAGGUCAAUGUUACGUCGCUAUCUCUCGUGCUACCUCGUUGGAUGGACUACAGAUACUAGGUUUCAAGCCUGACAAGGUUAUGGCUCAUAGACGAGUUAUAGAAUGGCACAAGACACUUGAGAAUGUCUAA